GCCCGCGCUUCUUGAUGGACAAAGAAGAAUGUCAGCAAGGAAGAAAUUUUCGUCUUGCACAGUCACAUUGAUUUUUCCUGAUGCAAGGUCGCGGCACAGCCUGUGUAAUGCUACUCGUUUGUUCGGUAAGGAAUCCAGCGAUUAAUUUCCCCAUUCACCCUUGGCAGCAUACAGCUGCAACCCUGUUUUCCGAAUUAGGCGUAGCACUACCAACGACACUGUGCCAUAACAACCUGCGCAAUAAGCGCCAGACCAGAAUUCCUCUUCUAGGCCUCCUUCUGCAAAAAUUGUUACGCCGACAGUCUCGGGCAAAGAAAGAAGCCAGGCGCUCCGUCUUACUACUACUCAGAGUUGCGCAAUAAUGUCAGCCCCGAAGCUACGCUAUGCCUCCUAUAGCGAGCUUCCCGAAAUCGCCCACGUGAUGGCCCUGGCGUUCUUCGACGACAAUUUGUUUGGAGACAUAGUGCACCCGCAUCGUAACCAGUUUCCCAACGACGUGGAUUUGUACUGGUUGCGACGGGCCCGUGUCAACUUCUGGGAUUACCGGUGGAGAUGGGUCGUGGCUGUGGACAGGGACAAGAACGGCAAAGAGGUUAUCGUGGGUAUUGCGCAGUGGGAACGAUUGGGGGACGGGGGGAAGAAGAUGGAGUGCUGGUGGUUUGAUCCCCGUAACCUCCUCAAACCCCUCUCAUGCACCGCCAUGGGCCUGCAUACCCUGAUCUGGCCGAACCGCGCCAGCGAUCCCAUAGACGAAGACAUCGUUGAGCGAGCAUAUCCGUGUUUCGGCGACGUGUGGUCUGGCGAGCGGGCGGAAUCGUGGUACUUGGAAUACCUGGCUCUGCAUCCUGACUUCCAAGGGAAAGGCCUGGGCCGGAUGCUUGUGAAAUGGGGACUUGACCGCGCUGAGGAAGAAGGUAUUUGUGCCUCAGUGGCUAGUACGAGGGGUAAAGACAGGUUUUACCAGAAGGUUGGGUUUGAGGAGCAGUAUGGGAAUGCAGGGGAGGGGGAGGGGAAUCCUCUUGCUAAAGUCGAAACGGGGAAUAUGUUUUGGAAGAUGCCGAAGCUGAGUGGCCAGAUGACUGUUGGGACUGCGCAGACAGCUACAGAUAAUUCUUCGCAAGUACCCAAGGGUAGUACAGGUGCAUAAAUUGAUGACGGUCAAAUUUUUGACAAAGGGUUGUUUUUACUUGCCUGGCAGCUCAUUAUUCCACGGAGCUGUGUAGUAGUCUCACUUGCGAGCUAUUGAAUCAUUGAAGUUUGACUUCUGAUCCUGCUAUAGAGCC